AUGGCCAUCUUCAAAGUGGACUACGCUCACGAGACACUAGUCAAUCCCGAAGGAUUAGACUCCAUCACCGAUCCGGGGGCCGAAGCAUAUAAAUCACCCGCUUGGCGCCUUGGAUUCGUCUUCAUCGAGAAACAGCCAGAGAUCAUCUGCGCACUCAUAAUCCUAAUCAUGGCUCUGCAGAUCAAUCGUGAAGCUGUUCCAGGAACUGAACAACUCAUUGACGUCAAUCACAAGCUAGAUAACAGCGAUCAUGUCGGACAGUCUGACAUUGUUCUAAUUCCGCAGCCAACGGGCUGUGGAAGCGAUCCGCUCACAUGGACGAAGCGAAAGAAAUACUACCAAUUGCUUCUAGUAGCGCUCUACGCUUGUGCCUUUUCAUUCGGGGAAAACACUCUUGGAGCGGCUUGGACUAAAGUCAGCAAAGACACAGGUGUCUCUUUGACAAACAUGAACGGUGGCAGCGCCUUAAACUAUCUGCUUCUGGGCUUCGUCAAUAUUUGGUGGAUGCCCACUGCCAACAUCCUAGGCCGAAAGCUAGUCUUCCUGGCGACAACAUGUCUCUGUCUUGCCACCGGCUUUUGGCUCGCUUCCAUUGAAGGGACAGUUCAAUGGAUGCUUAACAUGAUCGUCAAUGGAAUUGGAACGUCUGCUUAUCAAGCCAUCAUACAACUUACUAUCUUCGACAUGUUCUUUGUUCACGAACGUGGUCGCAUGUUGUCGGUUUAUCUCUUUGCCCAGCAGCUUGGCUCUAUCCUGGGCCUCAUCUCUGGUGGCAGCAUGUCUGACACCGUCGGGUGGAGGUGGUCACAGAAUAUAGUUGGCUUCAUCUUCGCGUUCGUGCUGAUAGCAUUCAUCUUCUCAUUUGAGGAGACUUUGUUCCCUCGCUUCCUAUUUGCUGGAUUGCAGUCCGCUCCUCUUCCCUCCCAGAAGGAUGAAGAGACAGCGGAGGAAUCUACUGCAGGAAAGAAGCUGGAGCUCAGACCAAUUACAAGCCAGGCCAACGGUAUUGUCGAUGACUUUCCCAAGCGAUCUUACAGACAGAUCUUGAAACCAUUGGUGAGGUAUCCUCAGAACAAAACAACUUUCUGGCAAUAUUUUCGCCGUCCCUUCUUUCUCUGGGGCUUUCCCAACGUCGUCACCGCUGCGUUUAUCUAUGCCUUCGGGGCCACCGCCGGAAUCGUCUCCUUCAACACCAUCUCCGAGAUCCUUACGGAACCGCCUUACAACUUUAGCACCACCAACACUGGUCUUGUGUUCUUUGCCGCUUUGGUGGGAGACAUCAUCGGUUGGGGUAUCGGUGUACUAAGCGAUCAAGUCGUCAUUGCUUUGGCUCGAAGGAAUGGCGGUGUCAGAGAACCUGAGAUGCGACUCUACACACUCAUUCCUUGCUUCCUCUUCGCUGCGGUUGGGUACAUGCUCUAUGGCUGGGGUGCUCAGACGGAAGCACAUUGGAUCACCAUUGCCAUCGGUAUCGGCGCCAUGAUCUCACAUCAGGUUGGAGCUUGCACGAUUGCCACUGCAUAUGCAAUGGACUGCUUCCCAGGAAUAUCUGGAGAGCUAGUGGUUGUACUGGCUAUGUGCUCCUCAAUGGUCAAUUUCGCUAUUUCGUACUCUGUCCAGCCGUUUAUUGAAGCCGCCGGCUAUGGUUGGACCAUGACUUGCUUUGGGAUUAUGGUCUUACUGUCGGUUCUUGCUGCUAUUCCUCUCGUUGUUUUUGGGAAGAGAUGGAGAAUCGCCAAAGCGCCGAGAUACUACAAGUUCUUGGACGAGGUUGGGGGCUAUACAGACUAG